AGGGCCGGGUCCUGGGGCGGGCGGGGAGGUCCGUCGCCGGAGCGGUCCCCCUGCGCCGCGCUGUGCUGGGGACACGGCGCCAUGCGGGUGGCCUUGCACGCGCUCUGCGGCGCCGCUGGGGCCGCCUGGCGAGAGAGCUUCCCGCUGGGCGGUCGGGACGUGGCGCGCUGGUUCCCGGGACACAUGGCAAAGGGGCUGAAGAAGAUGCAGAGCAGCCUGAAGCUGGUGGACUGUAUCAUCGAGGUCCAUGACGCCCGGAUUCCACUUUCCGGCCGCAAUCCUCUGUUUCAGGAAACUCUUGGGCUUAAGCCGCACGUGCUGGUCCUCAACAAAAUGGACUUGGCGGAUCUGAAGGAGCAGCAGGUGAAGAAAAUUAUACAACAUUUAGAAGGAGAAGGCCUAAAAAAUGUUGUUUUCACCAGCUGUGUAAAGGACGAGAAUAUCAAGCAGGUCAUGCCGCUGGUCAGAGGACUGGUUGAGGGCAGCUACCGCUAUCAUCGAGGAGAGAACCUGGAGUACUGUGCCAUGGUGAUUGGGAUCCCCAACGUGGGCAAGUCCUCACUCAUCAACGCACUCAGGAGACAGCACCUCGGGAAAGGAAAAGCUACCAGGGUCGGCGGUGAGCCCGGGAUCACCAGAGCUGUGAUGUCCAGAAUUCAGGUGUGUGACUGGCCACUGAUGUUCCUGCUGGACACUCCUGGGGUGCUGUCCCCUCGGAUUGAAAGUGUGGAGAUGGGCCUGAAGCUGGCCCUGUGCGGAACCGUGCUGGACCACCUGGUGGGGGAGGAGACCCUGGCCGACUACCUUCUCUACACCCUCAACAGGCACCAGCUCUUUGGGUACGUGCAGCACUACGGCCUGGACGGGGCCUGUGAUGACGUCGCCAGUGUGCUGAAGCGGGUGGCUGUGAGGCUGGGGAAGACGCAGAAGGUGAAGGUGCUCACAGGCACAGAGUGUUUAUUUCACGACACGACUAAAAUGUGCACACAAAAUGGACAGAGGUUCCAGGAGCCGUGGCAGAACCCACGGACUGUCUGUCCCCAGCUGCGCACGGGCUGCGAUGGUCGCUGGUGUGGUCAGUGGAGAGCUUUCCUGCUGCCUCCGAGCACCUUCAAGCUAACAGGUUGGUGGGACUCUUCCCCAGGGACCUUGACCUACCAGCCUGCAUUCCAGCAAAGGGCAGAGGAAGGAGGGGGUGGGGUGGACCUGGUGUCCUGUGGGGGCGUGGCCUUCCUGGAAGCACCAGAGUCUCCGUGGCGCACCUCCCCUCCUGCAGGUGCCCACUCCCGGAGUGCACACACUGGCCUCUCCUGAGGGGACCGGCCCCGGGCACCGUCUGCUUCCCGCUGGAACCCUGACCAGUAGAGCGGGAAGUACGCCAGCGUGCGGCGGUGCCGAAUGCCGGACACAUUCCCGGAAUCAGGCUGGUGUGUGAUGGAAGCUCUUGACUCGGGUGUCCCGUUUCCGCCACUUCCACCACGUGGUGCCGGGCAGGCUGGGCCCCCGCUCCUGGCCCCUCAGACAGAGCCGAGUCCCUGUGCAAGGCUGUCCUGCCCGCGGGUGCAGCGGCAGGCUGGUCGCACGGCUCCUGAGGCCCCAGGCAGGGCUCCGCCAUGCUGGUCUUUGGUUGCAUCAGGUGUGAUCUGGAAUGGAUGGAGUGGCAUCUGGGCCUGCUGUGCCCCGAGAAGGCUGGCGCUGUGGGUACAGGCAGAGCUGUGUCCUGCAGCUCUGUGUCCUGGCCUUUGGAGAGCGAUGCUUGGUCCAGAGUUCUGCUGGUAGCUCGGAGACCCUCACCCUAACCAGACCUGUGUGUCAGCUGUGGGAAAGCAGAGCGGGCAGGCCCUCCCGCCCCCUCCCCCAUGGGAGGUGCUGGCAUCGGUCAGCUGAGUCCGAAGGCCCCAUGGUCCAGGGGCGGGUGUGAGGGCAUAUUCUGGGAGGCAGCCCAGCAGCAGGUGAGGCUUUCAGUGAGCACCGAAGGACGGGGCGAUGCAGAGGAUCUGGGCCUGGGAGGUUGUCCUGCUGUGGGAUAUGGGGUGGAGGAAGUGGUAAAGAGCCAAGGCCCCCAGGGCUUGUGGCCCGUGACCCAGGCCUGAGGCUUGAGGGAAACGGGCCUCUGGGCGCCUGAGAAGCAAAGGACUGGCUUUCUGCUGAGGGUACUUGGGUGCCAGAGGCAAACUCUUGCCAGGACUACCUGGCACUUCCUUAGAGGCCUCUCUGGGGGUCUGUCCUGUCCCCAGCACAGCCUCAGAUGCUCAGACAGGUGUUGGUGGGGGUUCGGCUUCCGGGGGCCUUGCUUUGCUGAGCCCGAGCACCCUCUUGUCUGGCUGUGCCUGCUGGGUGCUGGGCCUGGCCGCCGUCCGCCUCCAGGGACCUGCCUCGUGGCCGUGCUGGUUGCUGGUUCCGAUUUGAGAUCGGGCCGGCCGCAUUCACACCCCCCCCUUCCCUGGGGGGCCGUCUGCUGCUGAUCUGCCCGAAACACGGCUGGCUGUCCCGGGAGGGCUCUUCAGUGGGAGCGGCCAUGCGGUCCCUGAGGACCAGCGAGCACUGAUUCCAGAAUGUGAACCUAAACCUUAAAGGAAAGGAAAAGCU